AACGGUUGAGCGGCCGUCCUCUCUCCGGAUCCGCUUGCCGGAUUCUUGAACGUUUUACUUUUACAUUUCCGUUCAUUUGAGCGAAUAUCGGUAAACAGGUUCCGUGUUUGCGGUUCUACUUUGGUUCGUACCUGGCUCGGCUGCACUCGGACCACACUCAGCCCCGCGGCUGCUCGGUCACAUUCGGCUUUUGUCGUUCGGAGGAGGAAUGGACGAAGCGGACUCGGCCACGAAAGCGCUCGGGCUGGAUGAACCGCCCAUCGACAUGUCGCCGGUUGAGCAAGUGGGCUCGGAUACCGAGUCGGAGGCCGAAGUCACCACAAUGGCCGUGAUGGCAGAACCGGGAAACAUCGACAUGGGACCCGAGUCCUUGCCGAAUUCAGACGAGGCCGAGGCAGCAUUUGCAGAGGUGACGGCUGUGACGGUGGCGGACGUUCAAACUGCAGAGGACAACGUUUUUACGACGACGGUUGCCACGUCAGGAAGUCUCCCUGAACACGUGCUGAGUGGGAGGACAACCCUGCAGCUGGGUGAUGGUCUCAGUACCCGGAAGGCCACCUUGAUUGUAGUUCACACUGAUGGCAGCAUCGUGGAGGCUACUGGCCUCAAAUCUGCUGCCGCGAUGGCACCAGGCCCACAGACUCCACCCACCCCGCUGACUCCACCCCAGGACAAAGACUCCUGCUCCAAGUACAACUGGGACCCCUCAGUGUACAACAACGAGCUGCCUGUCCGCUGCAGGAACACCAGCGGAGUUCUCUACAAGACCCGACUGGGAUCAGGGGGCAAAGGUCGCUGCAUCAGACACAACCAGCAGUGGUUCACCCCCACUGAGUUCGAAGGUCUGGCGGGAAGAGCAAGCAGCAAAGACUGGAAGAGGAGUAUCAGAUACGCUGGCAGACCUCUGCUCUGCCUCAUACAGGAGCGUAUCCUGAACCCCCACGCUGCUUCCUGUACCUGUGCAGCCUGCUGUGAUGACCUGUCAGGGAGGGCCAAUAGUAUCAUCAUGCAAUGCCAGAUGUGCCUGCCAGAGGUGACCGAACUGGCAGCAUUCAAUAACUCCACGUCUAAUCUGCGGAAGCAUGUUUUGUGUCAAAAGGAUGGAGAGACCCUGGAAGCAGAAAACAUCAGUAUGACGGGUCCAGUCCGCCUCUUCGUCCCGUACAAGAGACGCAAGAAGGACAACGAGCCUCCCGUUAUCUCCCCCAAAAAAGAACUUCCUGCUACCAAAAACAUCACGCUGACCCCCGGGACCACAUUCACGGUGUCCCCGUCAGGACAGUUCACCACCUCCGGCACCUUGACCUUUGACCGCACUCCGACGAGCGACGCCACCGCCGCCGCCGCCGCUGCUGCCGCCAUCAUCUCCGAAGGCUCGGCGCAGAGCGAGGUUUUCGCCAGCACAGCAGUGCUGACGGCGCUGCCGGCGCUGGCCAUGACUCCUCAGCCGGUUCAGGCCAAGAUGGCGGUGACAGUGACGGCGUCGUCGUCGUCUCCGUCGGUGGGGCUGGUGAGCGGGCUGGAGGGGGGGCCUGUAGGGGGGGUGGGGCCUGUAGUGGGGGUGGGGCCGGGGGUCAGCGAGGGGCAGAAGAGCACCUGGCUGUACCUGGAGGAGAUGGCCAACACGCUGCUGAGCAACGUCCAGCAGCUGAAGGCUCUGAUCGAACAGGCUAAAGACUCUGCAGGGGACACUGCAGGGGUCAAAGGUCAGGGAGGCAGGAAGGAGUGUAGUCUCAGUCAGUCGUUUCAGAACCAGAUCACGUUUGAGCAGCCUGAUGACUCGGAGGCCAAGAGGAGCUCUGAAAACAUAACCGAGAUCAUCAUCAACCAAAUGUGUGUGAACUGCGGCCGGGUGGCGAUGAGCGAGUGUACAGGCUGUCACAAGGUCAACUACUGCUCCACCUUCUGUCAGAGGAAGGACUGGAAGGAACAUCAGCACACCUGCUGUCAAUCAGUAGGGGGCGUGGCUGUUCAGGAGGAGGAGCCAAUCACAGCCCUUGACAUGGACAAAGUGAAAUGAAGGUGCCCACCAAACACGAGGUCAUCACACAGGAAUUCCUUAUAUGGUGCAAAGAGGAGCGAGUCUGUUUUGAAGACUUUGAAUCUCCCCACUGGAACUUUUAUUGUGAAAAGUCCCCUCAGACCGACAGGAAAAGACCUGAUCUCUGAUCUGCUGAGAGACGAACGUAUAAAUGCGUUAAGACUUUUAUAUUUGUAGAGCGAAGUUGGAUUUUUUUUUCACCUUCGAAUGAGUUUUUCUAGCAGUUUAUUAUGAUGUUAUAGAGGAUGAUAACACGGUUUAGGGCUGAAACUAACUGUUAUUUUCAUUAUGGAUUAAUCAGUCAAUUAUUUUCUUAAUUAUUUAUACCCAUAAUGAUUUUUUUUUUAUUUCUUAUCUUCCCUGUUGUUUUAUGUAACAGUAUUGUACUGCCAUUUUGACUCCAGAUAAACUGAUUUAAAUCUCCGUCCAGAGAACGUUCUGGUUAAACAAAGGUCAACCCAUCAAUAAAAUAAAACAAUAUUAAAUUAACCCCGGUCUCCACCCCCGCCAAUACUCUGAGAUGAGUUAUCUCUGUGUGUCUGUUGUUAAUGGUAUUUGUCUUUAUCGUUUUGAGGCACGAUCAGUUGUUGUCUGAUUAGAAAAAUAUUUGAUUAUUGGAGUUUCUUUGUUUUUUCUUCCAUCUAAAAGACCCCCGUUUUUUUUUUUUUUAUUAUGUGACCAUUUCAGUUUGAGUCUGUUUUCUAUGAAGAACCCCAGAGAUACUUUGUGUAAAUGUUAUCUUGUGUUUAACAAGAUUAUAACAUGAUCAUCUUUUAGGAUUUUGAAGCACUGUAGUUUAUUUUUGUUCAAGUGAUUCAAACUCAGUAGCUCCAAAAAGACAGAAGUGAGCCGAGAGUGUAUAUACCGCCAGUAUUAAACCAUCUAAUGAAACUGAAUUUAAUUUAUAAUAAGUCAGAAGAGACUUUUGUUGUCAUUCACAUCGUCUGAUGUUUAUUUAAUUAAGUUAAUAAAAUCGGAUUUCAGGUGG